CGUCUUCAGCUGCAGAGCUGCUUGCUGGCUUCAUGCACCCGAGUGGUGGGUUGUGCAGGGUGGAGAAGCAGGGCACGUGCAUGGCUUGCACGUCUUCUUCUUCCACCGACGAAGGCUGUGCCUGUUCUUCAUGUGCCCAUCUUCUCCACCAUGCACAGCCAAUCUUAUUUCACCGCAAGCGCAAGAUGGAUGACUUCCAGGUCGACGUCGCAGUUGCGUCUAUUUGCUCGAAGAUUGACCAAAGAGCAAAGAGGUUCAUGAUUCGUAUGCAGGAUCCACAGCCUGCUCCUUCUCUGAUGCAUACGUUACAGGCGAGAAGAGAGAGAGAAAGAGAGGACAUGGGCUUUUUCUGUGAGUACAAAGAAGGAUAACGAGUACACUUUCGAUUCUCAUCAGUUUCUGUGAAUUCUGUGCAGGUUUAGAGGAAGAUGACUCCAUUUGCCUCAGAAUCUUCUGACAUGCUAAUUGCGAUUACUCUUCAAGAUAUUGAGUAUGAGGUGUGGCAGUAGGAAAUAGCAGUAUUUCUUGUAGAUCACAUACCAAUACUUCACAAUAGCAGGUUUAGAGGAAGAUGACUCCAUUUGCCUUCACUUGUCUGCCUUAUUAUAUGUGCCUUUCGGCCGAAGGCGCUACAAACUGUAACGGGAAGGAGGCGCACGCGAUAUCCUUCUCGAUAGGCAUUAUAACGUUUAUUGGGACGCAUAACGUAUCGUUUAUAACGGGUCAUCGGUUGCUACAGCGACGCUGCUGGGUUGGUAACGGUUUAUGCACGGGUUUAGACCCAUUCGCCUUAGAACCCUAAUCUCUCGGUGAACAGAAUGCCGGUUUACUAGAUUAGUUGCUCUCGCUGUUGCCAGUCUGUAGCUCUCGGUUGGGGUUCGCUUCCCCUUGCUUCGGUUCCGAUCAACGUGGCGUCCGAUCUCCCACCUUUCAUCAUCUGAUCCGAGAUCGUCAAAGAAACCUUCUUUGUUUCGGUAAGUCUUUGGAAAAAGAUCCGAUUUUUCUAAGAAUCGUAUAGCUUUUGGAGGAAGAUAAGUUUAUGGUUGCCUGCCAAAGGAAGAAUGUCGAAUUCUCUUCAAACGAUACACAUCUCUCACAUUUCUCCACCGGCCGAUCUCCCUCGGCUUUUUAAGUUGGAUAAAGGACGGAGAAUCUCAUUAGGAGCAGUAAUUCCAAAGAUUUCCUCAUGUCUGGUGACGGACCCACGGCAGGGGUCAGCUUCCGCGAAGCCGGUGACGAGGGAGAGCAAGGAAGUGAUGGAGACGGAAAGGAAUGUGCUCGUGGGAACCUAUGCUCGAGCUCCGGUGGUGAUCGAGAGUGGCAAGGGAUGCAAGCUCUACGAUGUGGACGGGAAGGAGUACCUGGACAUGACGGCCGGGAUUGCGGUGAACUCCCUCGGGCAUGGCGAUCCCGAUUGGGUGAAUGCUGUGGUCGAGCAGGCCAGCACUCUUACCCAUGUCAGUAACGUCUACUACUCAAUACCUCAGGUGACUCUUGGAAAGCGCCUUGUAGAGUGUUCAUUUGCAGACCGUGUUUUCUUUACAAACUCUGGAACAGAAGCAAAUGAAGCAGCUAUAAAGUUUGCUAGGAAGUUCCAAAGAUUUUCACAUGCUGAUGAGAAGCUUCUUGCUACUGAGUUUAUUGCUUUCACUAAUAGUUUUCAUGGGAGGACGAUGGGUGCUCUUGCCCUCACAAGUAAAGAACACUAUAGGUCACCCUUUGAACCUGUCAUGCCUGGGGUUACGUUCAUAGAAUAUGGGAAUAGUGAAGAAGCCAUAAAAGCAAUUCAACCUGGCAAAACUGCAGCAGUUUUUGUGGAACCUAUUCAGGGUGAAGGUGGAAUAUAUAGUGCCACAAAGGACUUCCUGCAGGCGCUUCGCACUGCCUGUGACAAUGCUGGUGCUCUUUUGGUAUAUGACGAGGUCCAGUGUGGGUUGGGCCGAACAGGUCAUCUCUGGGCCCAUGAGGCUUUUGGUGUGGCUCCUGAUAUGAUGACCCUUGCUAAACCCCUCGCCGGUGGUCUCCCAAUUGGUGUCGUCCUCACCACUGAAAGGGUUGCUGCGGCCAUAAGCUCUGGGGACCAUGGGAGCACAUUUGCUGGUGGACCUCUUGUUUGUCAUGCUGCCCUUGCAGUACUGGAUAAAAUUCAGAACUCCAUUUUCUUGGCCAGUGUAACCAGAAAAGGACUCUAUUUGAAAGAUCUACUCCUUAAUAAACUGGGAGGGAACCCACACGUGAAAGAAGUACGUGGAUUUGGGCUCAUCGUGGGAAUCGAGCUGGAUGUCCAAGCUUCUCCCCUUGUUAAUGCAUGUCGAGAUGCUGGCCUUUUGGUGCUGACGGCUGGAAAAGGGAAUGUCGUUAGGCUGGUACCUCCGCUAAUCAUAUCUGAGACGGAGCUGGAACAGGCCGCUGAAGUUCUGAGCGCAUGCUUGCCUGCUCUCGAUGCUCAUGCUUCUAGUUAAGGUACAAGCUUCAGUUUGUAUGGUAUGGUUCAUGUGAAGACAUGUUACCUGGACAUGGUGUGAACCGUUUGCACUCUAGGUUAUAAGAUUCGAAGUCGUCCUAAUCGGCACAAUGCGCCUUAACGGAAGGUAAACCAGCAACAUGUCUGCCGAUUUCGAUUCGCUGCUUUUUAACAGUGGAACAACCGAUAUUUUGCAACUGGUUUAGUUCACUAACAUGAAGGUUUAUAGUACGUGUUUGAGCUGAAAGAUAUUUAUAUAUAUGAGCAAUCAUGUUGCAAAAUUAUAGCUUCAAGAUCAUGUCUGCUGAGUUGGAAGGAUGGCUAAUGAGUUUGUGUGUAUGUAAAUGCCAUGUCUCACAGCAUAAAUAUGCACAAACGAUGUUAUUUCUCUGGUAUGUUGAUAAAUGUUGAAGUGUUUGACUUGAUUCCAA